AUGUCACACCAAACGGGAAUAAUCGCUACACCUGACCUGAAAGACUUUCUGGCCCGAGCGAGGGGGGGUGCCAUUAGAAUUGUCAAGAUUGUCAUCAGAAAUGAGCAGUUGGUGCUUGAUUUUUACAGAGAGCCAGCGCAAACUUGGGACAAAGACUAUGACCACUUCCUGCUUCCUUUGCUGACGCCUCUGGAGCCAUGCUACUUACUCUACAGACUGGACUCCAAAAACGCGCAGGGAUAUGAGUGGAUCUUCAUUGCCUGGUCGCCUGACCAAUCCCCAGUGAGACCAAAGAUGAUGUAUGCUGCAACGCGUGCCACACUAAAGAAGGAGUUUGGAGGAGGUCACAUAAAAGAUGAAGUGUUUGGCACAACAGAGGAUGAUGUGUGCCUCCAAGGCUACUUGAAGCAUAUUUCCUCACAAUCAUCUCCAGCUCCACUAACAACAGCAGAGCAGGAGCUACAGCAAAUUAAAGUCACAGAGGAUAAAGUUGUUUGGGAUGAGCGGAGACGAAUUGCGACGCCUACUGCACGGGCAAAGGUCACAAUGGAGUUUGGUUUAGAUAAGAGAGCCCAGACAUUGCAGGGUCUUGCUUUCCCAUUACAAGAAGAGGCCAAACGCGCUCUGCUACAGCUCAAGCAGAAGCGCAUCAACUACAUUCAGCUGAGACUGGACGUAGAUAAAGAAACCAUUGAGCUUGUCCACACCAAACCAACAGAAACCCAUGAGCUGCCCUACAGGAUUCCCUCAGACUCGCCCAGAUACCACUUUUUUGUCUUCAAACACUCACACCAAGGACAGCAGCAGGAGGCUUUGGUGUUCAUAUACUCAAUGCCAGGGUAUACCUGUAGUAUCAAGGAGAGGAUGCUGUACUCGAGUUGUAAGAACAGGCUAUUGGACGAAGUGGAGAAGGACUAUCAGCUUGAGGUUUUGAAGAAGAUGGAAAUAGACAGUGGAGAUGGGCUGACAGAGGAUUUCCUGUAUGAGGAGGUUCAUCCGAUGGAGCACACACUAAAGCAAGCUUUUGCAAAACCCAGGGGGCCAGGAGGAAAGAGGGGUAACAAACGGAUUAUCAAAGGAGAAUAUGGAGAGGAAAAUUAA